AUGUGUCAGACUUUAGUUUUAUGGAGUAAUGUUGUGACUCAAAUAAGAGAAAGAUCAAGGAAAACUACAGCAACAAUUGAAGUUGAGAAUAAAAUUAUAAAGCAUUAUGAUAUAAAGAAACGUAACCUGGAUCUUGAUAAAUAUCUAUAUGAAAGAACUAAUGCACUUAAAGCCAAUCAACUAUUAGUUGCUGAUAAAUUAAUAAAUAAUAGGUUAAAUGAAAUUAAAGAUGAUGAUCCCAUUGAACAAUGGAAAGAAACAAAAGUAUCGCUAGAGGAUCAAAUAAUAGCAAAUGGAUUUGUUAAAGCAUUUCAAAAGCGUAAAAAUUCUUUUAAAGGUAUUACACAACAAAUUGCUACUGAUGAAAUUUGUGAAUUAGCUAAAUCACAAAUUGGAUUUGGACAAUUAGCUGUUUCUAAAAUUGUUAAAAGAUCUGAAUUACCUGCUAAUGCAUUGACGAGAGAUGCUAUUAAAUUAUGGAUUGAGAAACAAACUGAAAGUAAGGCAUUUGUGGCAUAAUUAAAUUGAAUAAUAAUGUAAUUAAAAUAAAUUUAGUUUGAACAUUUAUUAUAGCUUAAUAAAGUAUAAAUGAUUAUAAAAUUUUAUAUAUUUUAUA